AUGUUACUACCAUUUGUCAUCACUGCCAGCGCUGGUAGUCCGGGCACGAGAUUACACGUAAAGUCCAGUAAACUCCCAGUUAAAGAAAAGAUACUCAAAUUACUGAAGCUCAUUAAGCAGUUGGAGCAUGAACUGCUUAAGGCUUAUCCUGAAAUAAGGAGAGAUCGUAUGAUCUUGCAAUCGGAUCGCAUUCGAAGUCCUAGACCAAAUUAUAGACAAUUAAUUGAAGAUCAAUUGGCCAAGUCUCCGGCUUUGGGAGAUCUUGAGGAAGAAUCAAUGCCUGAGUAUUCUUCAGUGUGGAAAUCCUCUGAGAGAAGUGGAAGUAUCCUUGAGUCGCAAGAAAUGGACACAGAGGGUUUGUUUGAAGAAGGCUUCGCUGAACCUUUACCACCUGGCCAGUACAAUGUCCCUGAUGGGGAUUUUGCAGGAAUUGCUAAUGAUUUGAGUGCAAUUGAUGAAGAAUCCUCACCGGAAUUGGUGACAACGGAUUCAAGAAAGGGAUUGAGGGUUUCUUUCUUUACAUCUGCUAGCGAUAUUGGGAGGGAAUCUUUUCCAGAACUUAGCAAAUCUGCCAUUGAUCAGUCGGAAAGCCUAGAAGGCAUUAGCGAAAUUAUUGAUGAAUCUUCUCCUGAACUGGCUAGUUCUGGACCCAUUGAAAUUUCAGAGACUCUGGGAAGUGAUAUUCAGGAAGAAUCCUUCCCUGAUAUCAGUUCUUCAGGAGCAGCUGGGCAUUAUUCCUCUGUCGAUCUCUUUAAAACAUCUGCAAGCGAUAUACUUAAGGAGUCCUUCCCUGAUAUGAGUUCUUCCGUGGAGUCUUCUAGCAAGGGUUUCGGGGAUUUGAGUAUCCUUGGGUCUCAGGAGAUGGACACGGGGGAUUUGUUCGAAGGCGGAAUAAUGGAACCUGAGUUUCAAGAGGACUAUCAGAUCAGUGGAAAUCUAAGUGAAAUUGAUGAAGAAUCUUCUCCUGAAUUUUACAGUGCUGCUUCUCAGAGGAUUUCCCAAGAGAUUUCUGAUAGUCAGCAACUUCAGGAUGUAUCAAUGCCUCAAUAUUCGAGUUUUGAGAGAUCCUUUAGCAAAAGCAAAGGAUCAAAAAGGGAAGAGUCUCUCUUCAAAUCAUCAUUAAGUGAGAUUUUCAAGGAAUCCUUUCCAGAUUUUCCAGACUCAUCAACUGACGAUUCAAGCAGAUACUCAGGAGAUCUGGGUAUCUUGGAAUCACAGGAAAUGGACACAGGAGAUUUGUUCCAAGUCAGCUCUUUUGAUAUUUUUUCUGACUACGACAAAGUCCAUGGAACAAGUAUUGAGGAAUUGAGUGCAAUUGACAGUGAAUCUUCUCCUGAAUUAUCUUCUGGCUUUACAGAAGAUUCCCUGCAGAUUUUUGAUGAAUCUUUCCCAGACAUAAGCAGCUCUCUGGAGCGCUCGGGAUUUAGGAGACUGGCUUCUACGGGGAGGAGUUUUCUGGACAAAAUCGAAGAAGAGAGCGAAAUUGGCAGGGAAUCAUUUCCUGAAGUUUCAGCUUCUGUCACAGAUCCUUCCACAGAUGGGAGUAUUUUACAAUCUCACGAAAUGCAUACUCAGGAUUUGUUUGAGGAUAUAAUGUCUCCUGGUCAAUAUCAGAGGAAAGAUCUUUUUGGAAUUGAAGAUGAACUCAGUGCAAUUGACGAAGAAUCCUCUCCUGAACUCUAUAGUUCCCAAAUUCAAGAAGAAUCCUUUCCGGAAGUAUCAUCGUCCUUUGAUAGAUCAAAAGAGCGUUCUUCCGGAAGAAGUAGAAGCAGGAGGGAUUUGCUUAGGGAAGUUUUAACACCAGGUAGAAGGGGAGAUUCUAGACGGAGUCGUCCUGACUCAACUUCUGGCCGUAAAUCUCUCCCUAAAUCCAGCAGAAUCCGGAUGAACUUCCGAAUGGAAGAAAGUUCACCCAAUACCACGAUGCGCUAUGCCCUCGAGAUCAUUGAUCUGCAAUCGAAGGAAUUGCAAAGAACAAGGACUUAUUUUAAAGAAUUCAUGUCCAAGAUCGAAAAUGUUAUGAGUACUCUGAGAUUCUCACAUGAAAGAGAUCUGCCCAAGGAAUCGAUCAGGAGGAUUUUUGAGACACUUGAGGGGGAAAUGGAAUCCUUCGUGGGGGCUAGAAAAGAACUUCCGACUUAAAAAAAAAUUGGCAAGUUUAAUAUUUAUUUUGAUAAACAUUUUAUUUAA